GUGUUCCAGACCCUUAGCUUUAGUUCCCGGAUAAAUGCGCUCUUUUGAUCAGAGGUUGCAAUAUGUCGGUACGAAGAGCAUUGCUUAUACUAGCAGAAGGAGCUGAGGAAAUGGAAACAGUCAUAUCUGCUGACGUCAUGAGAAGAGGAGGAAUUGAAGUAACGGUGGCAGGACUGGACGGCUCGGAACCUGUUCUUUGCAGCAGAAACGUUCGUAUAGUACCGGACACUAGUCUGGAUGCCGCAAUGCACAAGGCACCAUUUGAUGCUGUUGUUCUACCGGGAGGUAAUGGAGGUGCUAAGAGGCUAUCCGAGUCAGCUACAGUCAAAGAAGUUCUCAAAACUCAUGAGAAAGAAGGCAAGGUCUUAGCAGCAGUUUGUGCAGGACCGACAGCUUUUUUGGCACACGACAUUGCUCCAGGCAAGAGAGUUACUUCUCAUCCAUCGGUGAAAGACAAAUUGUCAAGUAAUCUACAGCAUUGGUCACACACAAAGUGUUUCGAAUACGAAUCUGUUUUUGUAGCUGCUUAUGUGUAUUGUGAGGAGAGAGUUGUUUCAGACGGACACAUCAUAACUAGUCGUGGUCCUGGCACUUCGUUUGAGUUUGCUCUUGCUAUUGUGAGUGCUCUGUGUGGUGAGGAGACUGCAGCCAAGAUAUCUGUUCCCAUGAUACUCAAAUAAAUGAAAAGGCGUAUGUUGUGUGCCACUUUGUCUUGGUACAUACACGCGUAGUGCUAAAGGGUAUGUCUUGUAAAGUGGAUGGACAAUAUUGAAAGAAAUUAAACAAACAAGUGUGGUAGGAAUGCAUACUAAAAUCUAAAAAGUAGUGUAUCUAGUUUAACUGAAUUCUAGGACGGGAACUGUAAGUUCUAGAACGUUUUGACAUCUGACGAAACAAGGGGUUCAUUUGAUUUAAAACCGUAAUACAGACGUUGCAUUAGAAGUAAUUUGUAAUUGCGAAAUUACACUUCAAUGA